ACGAAGAAUGACGUCGUAAACAGGUUUCUUCAAUAGAUUGGGAGAAAAGUGGAUUUCAUUAAAAGAAAUAUAUUAUAAAAUUUCUUGUGCUGCCGUCAAAGUGAACGGUUGCGAAAAUUGAACGUGUCGUGUUUGCAAAUGCAUCGUUAGUUUUAUACAAGAUUCCUGACCGUAAUACGGUACGGAUGUGAUGGAGGACUACAAAUUUCUCUUUAAAGUUGUGCUCGUAGGAAAUGCGGGCGUCGGCAAGACUUGCCUCGUGCGCAGAUUUACCCAGGGACUAUUUCCUCCUGGCCAGGGUGCAACAAUAGGUGUUGAUUUUAUGAUUAAGACUGUGGAAGUAGAAAAUGAGAAAGUUAAGCUUCAAAUUUGGGAUACUGCUGGACAAGAAAGGUUUCGUUCAAUAACACAAAGUUAUUAUAGGUCAGCUCAUGCUUUGAUUUUAGUAUAUGAUAUCUCGUGUCAACCUACAUUUGAUUGUUUACCAGAUUGGUUAAGAGAAAUUGAAGAAUAUGCAAGUAAUAAAGUUCUUAGGAUAUUAGUAGGUAAUAAAAUUGAUCGAGAAGACAGAGAAAUACCAAUACAUGUAGGGGAAGAUUUUGCACAGAGACAUGGAAUGUACUUUUUGGAAACUUCUGCUAAAGAAGCAGAAAAUGUAGAGCGGUUGUUCAUGGAAAUAGCAGCUGAACUCAUGGAGCAAGCACGUAGUAAGGAACUACCUAGAUAUGAAACAAAUGCAACCUCAAUAAAUGGAAAAACAACAUCAAUUGGUGAUACAAGUAACUGUGGUUGUAGUCGACUUUCUUAA